UAUGACGAACUAACAGAAGAGUUAGUUGAGUUGGGCGCCAGAGCUCCGCGUGGUCAGUUGGAUAGUCGGUUUGACGGUAACAAGAAAGAGGAAGGAUCAGUAGGCCAGGAUAUAAAGAACAAUGGCACUCUUCCGUUUCAGUUCCAAACGCUGUUUGGAAGUUCAGAAAAUAACUUCCGCCGUGUUCUUGAGACCGUUAUCCGACGCCUCGACCGAUCUGAGGAAAGUUCUGGCCGACAAGAUCCCGAAGGAACAGGAGCGCGUCAAGAGUUUCCGCAAGCAGCAUGGAGCCACCAAAGUCGGCGAGGUCACCGUGGACAUGAUGUAUGGUGGUAUGCGUGGAAUCAAAGGUUUGGUUUGGGAACCAUCGGUAUUAGACCCUGAAGAAGGUAUCCGAUUCCGUGGAAAAUCAAUCCCUGAAUGUCAAAAACUUCUGCCAAAAGCUUCUGGCGGCCAAGAGCCGCUUCCAGAAGGUCUUUUCUGGCUUCUGAUCACUGGUGACGUUCCCACCGAUGCCCAAGCAAAAGCGCUAUCGAAGGAGUGGGCAGCAAGGAGCGCUUUACCUGACCAUGUAGUCAAAGCUUUGAACAAUUUCCCCAAGUCGCUUCAUCCAAUGACGCAGUUCUCUGCUGCGAUAACCCUGUUGAACAGCGAGAGUGAAUUCGUCAAAGCUUACACUCAGGGUGUACACAAAACCAAAUACUGGGAAACCGUGUAUGAAGAUUCGAUGAAUCUGAUCGCCAAAUUGCCUGUGGUAGCAGCCACGAUAUAUAGAAACAUUUAUAAAGGUGGCAAGGGGUUAGGAUCGGUCGAUGCUGGCAAAGAUUGGUCGUGGAAUUUUGCGAACAUGCUUGGUUAUGAUAACGCUCAGUUCAUUGAGCUGAUGCGGUUGUACUUGACCAUUCACUCUGAUCACGAGGGUGGAAAUGUAUCUGCACACACAACCCACUUGGUUGGUUCGGCACUGUCUGAUCCUUACUUGUCAUUCGCGGCUGGUAUGAACGGUUUGGCUGGACCUCUCCAUGGUCUUGCGAACCAAGAAGUAUUGGUUUGGUUAGAAAAACUGCGUUCUCAAGUUGGUGAUAGUCCUAGUGAUGAGAAGCUUAAAGACUUCAUCUGGAACACCUUGAAGAGCGGACAAGUUGUUCCCGGAUAUGGUCAUGCUGUGCUUAGAAAGACUGAUCCUCGAUAUACUUGCCAGAGAGAAUUUGCUUUGAAACAUUUGCCAGAUGACAAACUGUUCAAGCUGGUUAGUCAGGUAUACAAAGUAGUUCCUCCAAUUCUAUUGGAAACUGGUAAGGUGAAGAACCCGUGGCCGAAUGUAGAUGCUCACUCCGGCGUACUGUUGCAAUACUAUGGAAUGAAAGAAAUGAAUUACUACACUGUCUUGUUUGGAGUAUCUCGCGCUCUUGGUGUCUUGGCUUCUCUCGUCUGGGACCGUGCUCUUGGUUUGCCUAUUGAGAGGCCCAAAUCUCUUAGCACUGAUCUCCUCAUGAAAGCUUGCAAAGCUUAAACG